GAGAGACCCUGUCUCAAGAAAAAAAAAGGUAAAGAGUAACACAGGAAGAAACCCACAGUUGACCUCUGGCCUCUAUAUCCAUAGGCAUACACACACCACCACUACCACCACCACCACCACCACCACAGCCACCAACGAAACUCUGGGCAUAUGGUGCCAUUCUCUAGCUCGGAGAUCAGGGCCAGCACUUUCUUUCUACUUUAAAAUUUGAUUUCAUCUAUACGAGCUUUGACUACAUUUAUGUACCUUCUCCGUGUGUGUCUGAUGUCUGAGUCAGAGCCCCUGGAAUUGAAGUCACAGAUGGCUGUGAGGUGCCAUGUGGUUCCAGAGUCUGAACCCGGGUCCUCGGCAAGGCAAAGGGUGGACUGUGAGCUACCACCGCUCCAGCCCUGGGUCCCAGACUCCAUCUGUAGAACUGUGGUAAGAAGGCAAUGCCAGGACUACCGCGGGGGCUGGCUCACGGGCGCGCUGUGUGAGGACCUGUGCGUGGCUGGGGAGCUGCUGUACCAGCGCUGCCUGUAUUAUGAGCGUGGCAAGAAGGUCCUGCAGGCGCAGUGGAGAGGCCGGACUGUGGUCCUCAAAUCCAAGAGGGAGGCUUUCUCCAGCUUCCCGCCCCUCCAUCUGCUGGAGGAGGAAGCGGGGCCAGGUGCCCCGAGCAUCCCCGAGGCCGAGCUGCUCCUGUUGGUGGCUGGCGAAGUCAAGAACGCACUGGGCUUGGAGCUGACCAACAAUAGCAUAGUUCCCCUGUGGCCUGCCCGGCAGGGCCCUGGCUGGCGGCAACAGCUGGCCAGUGCGUGGUCACUGCUCCAGCAAGAGGAAUACGUGUACUUCAGCCUGCUGCCAGAUCUGAGCCGCCACAUCCUCCCCGUGCUGGGGUCCUGCGGCCACUUUUACGCCGUGGAGUACUUGGCUGCCGGCAGCCCUCACCACAGGGCUCUCUUCCCACUGGGUGAUGCUGGCCAGGCGCAGGCGAUUAGCCACAUUGCUCUCAGCUUCCUGGACAUGGUGAGCCAUUUCGACAGUGACUUCUCCCACCGCCUCCACCUCUGUGACGUCAAGCCUGAGAACUUUGCCAUCAAGAGGGACUUCACGGUGGUAGCUAUCGACGUAGACAUGGCGUUUUUUGAGCCUAAGAUGAGGGAAAUCCUUGAACAAAACUGCACAGGAGACGAAGACUGCAAUUUCUUUGACUGUUUUUCCAAGUGUGAUUUGAGGGUGAACAAGUGUGGAUCCCAGCGCGUGAACAGCAACCUACAGCUCCUCCUGAGGAUGCUUCUGAGAGAUCAUUUGGAGGUUCUAGCUGGGCGAUGCAGCUACUUGUCAUCUGCGAUAAAAUAUUUCGACACUGGUUCUCCUCAACUCACAGGAGUCCUGCCGCCUCCCCCCAGCUUCGGCUGCAGCUGCAGCAGGCUGUUCAGGAGUGUGCUCACCACGGGGGCCCCUCUGGGAACUCCUGGACUGCCUCCUCCAGUGUGUUCUGGAAGCUUCGUUGGCUCCUGCAGGCCACUCUGAGAGAGCUGCAGGGGGUGGAGAAGUAGCGGCUUUCUUGCCUUCAUCAUCAAGAGUGGACAGAGGACGUGACCUUCAAGUGAUUUCUCCUGUUGUUGCUAUGCAGAUGCGCUGUCUGCGCCAUUGACCACGGUCUUCCGGAGUGUGAGAUGGACUUCCCCUUCUGGGGCUGCGAUGUGGACCAUGGUUGCUCCUGCCCAGCUUGGUGGUUCGAUUUGGGUUGGUGCUGACUUCUGUCUUGCCACUCAAAAGCGAACAGAGGGAGGAGAUUCGGAGUAUCUGACUUGUGGAGUCUCUGGUGUGCAAACCUCUGUGUACCUGGCCAUUAGAGACAAAAGACAGCUGCUCCCUGUAGCCACUAGCAAGCGAAAGUGUGAGCGUCCAGAUGAGCGUGUCUGCAAAUAGGUGUGUGCAUAUGUGUGCACCCAUGAGUGUGUGGACGUGUUUGUAUAUAUGAAUGUGUACUGUGCAUAUAUGAGUAUGUCUGUGUGUGUAAAUACACAUGGGCUUGUGUGCACAUGAGUGGAUUGCACAAUAGUCCCACAGUUAUAAGUGUUCCUGCAUGUGUGUGUAUAUGCACAUGAAUGAGUCAGUCUGCCUGUGAAUCUGUGCUCAUGGAUGAACCAAUAUUGAGUAUACCCAGGCGUGUGUGCAUAUACAAGGGUGUAUACAUAUGGAGGUGAGUUAAGUGUGGGCAUGCGGAGCCUGUGUGGAGGGGUGGCUUUCUAAAUGUGCCCUCUAAGAAUCUUGCUGGCAGAGAAGCAUUACUUUUCUCCUGUAAUUAAAUGCAAUAAAAAGUUGUGUCUUCAGGAGCAUGAUUUGCACUGGAGAGUAUAUGGAGUGGCAGCUUUUAGUGCUUUUCAUUUUGUAGAAUUUUAGGAGCACUUUACCACGCAUUACAAUCUUCCUUCUAAGCAGGGACCACGUGUCUGCAGAACGCAGUGUGUCUUGCCACCACAGAGACAGUUUAAACAGAGUGCUGGGGUGAUCUCUGACCACAAACAACUGGGGAGCAGUGUGUUGGGCCGACGGACUGAAGACCUGGCCACGGGCAUCAGGCUAUGCUGUGAUGCCGUACGCUCUUUGGUGGACUUGAUAAAGGUCUUCUGCAAUGGCCAACUCACACAAAGCAGGCCAAACUCUGUGUUGCUCUCCAACAGAGAGUACCGGGUGGAACUAGCAAGCCUUGUACUCAGCAGGAUCUUGCUUCUGCUCAGAACAGGGACCUCUGUGUCACAGUGAACCCAACCUCUACAAGUCUCAGUAGAAGAGGACUCAAGAAAGAUGUCACGUCUUGAGGAUUUGGAAGGUGUGCCAGAGGCUUACAAAGAGAAACAGACAAAAUUUGAAGUUUUAAACAUGUACAAAAUGACAGACACCUCAAAUUUUCCUCUUCACAUAACACCUUUCCAAUCCAGAGAACUGUUGUUCUAACUCCUAUGGAUGCUCUUCUCAGGACUGUGCACCCAGGCUGCAUCCUGAGAGGAUCCAGGACACCCAGAGAUCACACCAGCCUUGAUGCUAUGACCCUGAAGGCUGUUUGGAGGUGCAAGUUCCCUGCCUUUCCCACCCCCUCAUCCCACUCACCAGCAAUUUGCCAGACAAAGCUGACUUUCUUAAAGGAUGUCCUCCACCCUGUACCUGAAGUCUUGCUUUCAGUUUGUGGGUCACUCUGUGGCGGAAGUGAGUGGAACCCCAAGGUGCUCAGGCUAGUGGGGUCUCACAGGUGGCCUGGCCUGCCGAGCAAGGCUCCCAUUUCCCCAUAGGAUCCAAGGCAGCUGUUCCUCCCCUGGGGCUGGGUGGGUUCCAUGGUGUGGAAGAGUCAGAGGGAGGAGGAUGGUGUGAGUCAGCCUGGGAGGUUGAAGCUCUGGGAUUCCUUUCGGGGCUUAGCUACCUGUGGACUGAUGCUCUGCCUCUGCACUGGGAGUGACAGGAAUGGCAGGUCUUCCUUCGUGGCCCCAGCCUCCUGGCCAGCAGCUAUUCUCAUUUAAUUCCGAAUGGAAAUAAAUGUUUUUGUUGGCUGUGGAGACUAUGCAGUAUCUAAUCACCCAACACAGUAGCAUCACUUUCUGCUUGUUUUUAGCUACCCAUUUACACACACACACACACACACACACACACACACACACACACACACACACACACUCUGCUUGAGGAUUCCUUUUAAGGCAGUGGUUCUUAAACUGUGGUGAAAUUCAUUUUUUAAAAAGUGUUUAAACCUUUGAAAAUACUGCUUUUAUGUAAUAUAAUAAACAAAUAUGGUGUUUUCAGUA